CUGAGUUGUGCAAGUCUUCACCUAGUUCAGGAUCAUGUACUCCCAGCCCGAAGUCCCGCCUUGUCUAUCAGAUCAUGGCAUCAGCUGUUACUGAAGCAGCAGCAGCCUUGUCUCCAAAACUGAGUAGCACCAGCAAGACUCUGAAUAGCGCCAGCAAGACUCUGCAUAGCACCAGCAAGACUCUGUAUAGCACCAGCAUGACCCCCAUUACUGUUAUCUGCUGCGGAGACUGGUCACCCCAAGAUGAUGGCAUUGAGGUUGUCUUGCCUUCUUCAACUGAAGAACCUCCAUCAAAGGCAGAUGUAGAUGAGCACAUCACUGCUUCUCUCUAUGGUCCUACUACAAGAAGGAGAUUGCCACUGUUUGGUGAAAUUUGCCCAGAGUAGUGAUCUGAUUUGCAGAGACAACUUCCACUUGACACAAAAGGUAAUUGUAUAUUCGUCCUGUUUGUUUUCAGAUUACAAACUCAGUCCACCUCAUUGUUCCUACUUGUUGCUCAUAAUGUAGCGCAUUGACUGGGAUUAGAUUGAGCAAGAUUGUUGCCAAUUAUACUUGUAGAGGGCUUUGUUGAUUGUUGGUUACCGUAGUACUUGAUCACCAAAUAUGGUGCAUGUAUAAUAUCUGGAUAGUAUGACCUAUUUUGGUACUUAAAAUUGAUGAAGGACAAUGGAUACGGACAUGGAUCUCUUGUUGCAAUUUAUCUGGGUUUGAUAGUUUCUCUGUUU